CAAUCUCAACAAAAUGACACCUCCGAUGUUCGCUUUGUUUGUGACAUGUCUGCUCUUGGGGACAAUGGCGGAUAUGAUCCCUCCUAAACUAUCAUCAUCUCUACAUUUCCGAUCUGUUAGCGUUGGUAAAAACGUGACUUUGGAAUGUUUCUAUAAAGAUGGCAUGGCAGUGAUGUUUUACUGGUAUAAACAAACUCCGGGACAGAAACCACAGCUGAUGUCUAAAUUCUAUAAGCAUGACAAAAAUGGCACUUUGAAUGGUGAAUUUAAGAACGAUCCACGCCUUGAACUGGAAACUACCACUGGUAAAAAUCACUUGAAGAUCUCAGAUGUGCGAAUUUCAGACUCAGCUACGUACUACUGCAUAAGUGGCUAUUCCUAUGUGUAUGAAUUUAUUGAGGGCGCUAUUGUCAGUGUAAAGGGUUCAGGUUUGAAGAUCCCAGCUUCGGUCCAUCAGUCAGCAUCUGAGACCAUCCAGCCAGGAGGCUCUGUGACUCUGAACUGUACAGUACACACUGGGACCUGUGAUGGAGAACACAGUGUUUACUGGUUCAAAACCUCUGAAGAAUCUCAUCCAGGACUCAUUUACACCCAUGGAGGCAGUAAUGAUCAGUGUGAGAGGAAACCUGACACACAAACACACACCUGUGUCUACAACUUGCCAAUGCAGAGCCUGAAUCUUUCUCAUGCUGGGACCUACUACUGUGCUGUUGCCUCAUGUGGACACAUACUGUUUGGAGACGGGACCAAGCUGGACUUUGAAGAUGCGGUGCACUCUUUUGCCUUGGUGUAUUUCUUGACUGGAGUUUUGGCAUUCAGCAUCAUCCUGCUUGUUUUCCUGGCUUACACAGCACAUACACUGUACACUGCAAACAACUGCCAAUGCACAGAACCAGACUCUCAGGCAAGAUCCUCAGCUACCUUGGCUCCCAAUGCAGAGGUGAGUGUUUCAAAGUCUUACUGUUACUGUAACUGCAACAUAUUAAACAGCAACCAAACGGAGCAUGAGAAAAAACAGAAAAAAGCAAACAGCAACAACUGUACAAUAUGCAGUUCAAUAUAUCACGACAAGUGGUACAUACCCUCUGGAGGAUUGAUCAUAGAUUGUACAGUGGUGGCCAAUUGUCAUUGUACUCAAGUUGUUGCUUAGUUGUUGGGGGUAUUCCUGUUAUUUUGUCCACAGCUUAAAACACAAAAACUACAACAGGUGAGUAAUGCCUGUCUUAUAGUCUCAACAAAAUCAAUUUACAUUUUUCACUUCACGAAGGAAGUUACUUUUGCAGGGCUGAACAGAUAAAUCCAGUAAAUCCUGAGACAUAUACCAAUAUGGCAAUUAACCAUUU